AUGGCAACCGGUGCUGUUGUCAAAGUCCUGUCACAAUCACCUACCACAGGAGGCCACACCAAUAAAAUCACACGCGUCAUUCUCAACCCUAAAAACCACCUUCAGCUUUAUACUGCCAGUUUAGACGGAACCAUCAAAUUAUGGGAUUACAAUGACGAUAUUUUAUUAAAGACCUAUAAUGUCAAUGCACCUAUUCAGUUUAUGGUCAUGUCACCCGAACAACCGGGUCAUGCCUAUCUUGUCGUGGAUGCCACAGAGGCAGGAGCAGAUAAAUCAGCAGAUAACACCAUCGUUUACCGUUUCUCAUUUGGAAGUUCGGACGAACCUACUCAUAUGCGUCGCAUUUGUUCAUUAAGAGAUUGUACCACCAUCGAUAUCACACAGGACGGUCAAUGGCUAGCCUUUGGCGCACGUUUCAAGGCCUAUGUCUGGCCCAUCAAUAACGAUCUUGAAGACGUUCACCCAUCUCAAUUACAACCUCAUGUCUCGAUCGAACCCAUCACCGUGCUGAAAAUUCAUCCUUCCAAGCCCAUGUUGGCUCUCGGUGAUAAAUCAGGCCGCAUCACCUUGAUUUCCAAUUUUAAAUCAUCCAACGAAAAAGAACAUAUUCGAUCCACACACCAUUGGCACCAUCUCCCCGUACGUUGUCUUGCCUUUUUAGCGGACGGUGCCUAUUUAUUGUCCGGUGGAGAAGAAGCGGUCGUGGUGAUCUGGCAAUUGGAUACAGGUCAUAAACAAUUUUUGCCUCGUUUGGGUGGUAGCAUUGAUUCUAUCACGAUCUCACCCAAUAACCGCUUUUAUUGUUUGGGAUUGGACGAUAAUUCCAUUCGUUUGGUCAAUAGUAUCACCCAAAGCAUCGAGCAAGUGAUCCAGGGCCUUCAAUACGCUCAAGUCGAUCAUGCCACCAACCCACUUUCCACAGGCCUCAUCAUCGAACCUCGUAACCAUCACAUCGUCCUCAAUGGCGUACAAGGCAGUAUUCAAUUCUACGAUGCCAAUGCAGACAAACAUGUCAUGGAUCUUGAAGUCGUCCCCAUGAACCGUAUCUCACGUACCUCUACCGAGAAAGAAAUCAUCCAUGCCCAUGUCGCUCAUGUCGCCUUCUUAAAAACAGGUGAAUGGAUGGCAACUGUGGAUAUGCGUGAUGAUAAGGUCACCACACCCGAACUUUUCCUCAAGUUUUGGCGUUGGAAUCCCGAUACCCAGGCUUACACACUUCAUACAAGGGUUGAUUAUCCUCAUGCUAAACCCAUCACUUCCUUGAUCUUUAACCCGGUUUCUACAAUGGGUCCUAUGGCCAUUACCACUUCUGAAGACAAGACCUUUAAGGUUUGGCAUUUAAACACAGACCUUGCCAAUCAUGGAAACCGUGCCGCUACUCAGUCAGAUUCCGCUUGGGUCUGUCGUUCUGUCGGUGUCUACCGUGAUAGUAACCCUACCUCGGCCGCCUUCUCUGAAGAUGGAAGUAUUCUUGCUGUCGCCUUUGGUCAAGUCAUCACUUUAUGGGACCCUUAUUCCAACUCGAUCCAAAACGUCCUUGCACAACCCACGAAACACGCUGUCCUCUCUCUCAGUUUCCUUGGCGACCAAUGUCCUUUUCUCAUUGCCAAGACAAAGAACCAUCUCUACGUCUGGAACCUCUUGACAUGUAAAGUAUGGUGGUCCUAUAAAAUCAGUGUGGAUCAUUUGGCCAUCGAUACGGUUUCCAAUCAAUUUGCGGUUGUACGUAACCAUCACCAUCGUCAGGCUUCUCGUAUCACUAUCUUUGACCCCAAAUCACCCAUCCCUAUUGCCCUUCAACACCUCGAUCAUGCCUGUUUAGCUGUGACUUGGUUACCCAAAGACGAUGGUGAUGAUCAUGCUUUGCCCAGCACCCUCGUCUCCCUUUCCAACCGUUACGAACUCGUGAUUCAUACAGUCAAGUCGACCCAUCUUAAACACAACAGUAAAAAAGACAGCAAGACAUCCACACCGUCAACAACAGCCACACCGCUUCCUAUCACAGAGGAAACUCACUUGUUAAAUGAUAUGUACGGUAUGCGUGAAAAUGAACGUGAGACAGAAGAAGAAGCUCGUAUUCGACUCAAGACGGUACAGACGAUGCGUGAAGAAGCCAUGUCAGCCAAUCGAAAGGAGUCCAAGAUGAGACGUAGAGAGGAAGGCGAUGUAUCUGGUUUAGCAGCACCAAGUCAUGUCUUGCCUUCUGUUGAUGUUUUGUUUGAUACUUUUAUGACAUCUAUCAUGUCACUUCGUGUGGAAGAGGAAGAAGAGGAGACGAAUGGGAUGGAGAUGGAUGUGGAUGAAGAGGAAGAAGAGGAGAAUACACAGGAUGAGAAUGGUCUUGAUAUUCUCGUGACACAAUCACCUAGUGUGGAUUUCCCAUCCUUAACCACUUUCUUUUCACAAGAAUUAGAACAAACAUCUGUACAACAUAAAUCCACUACUGCACAAUCAUCCUCAGAUGAAGAUUCCGAAGAAGAUGAGGAUCCUUCAAAAAUUGCGUGGUAA